CUCACACAGGAAGGUCAUUGAAGACCUCACCACCAGGGAUGCUGAGUAGGGAGAAGAGAACCUGAGCAGUGGCCAUAGCUGAGGAAUGAGCAUCUUGGCACAGGGCAGAGAAUGCUAAGGCGUACUCCAGGAGAGAGACAUUAGGAUAUGAACAUCUAUUCCAAGACACCUUGUCUUUGGUGGUUUGGGGGUUUGAUGGCUACCGAGUGCUGGACCUGAGAUCUCCAUCUCCUGUGUCCUCCAGAAGUUGCCAGAAAUGAUGUUCAUCUUGUACACGUUGAUAAUGAGUGUUUCAGCCUUCACCAUUCAGCCUGAGGAACACACAGUGGCAGCAGAAAACUGCAGAUUUCUUGGCAAGAAUUUCAAAACUGACUUCAGGGUGGAAGGGGAGCCUGUGGUUCUGAGGUGCCCCCAGAUGCAGCUCUGGCUGUGGACGUCUGUCAGCCCCCAUGUCAAUGUGACAUGGCGUAAGAAUGAUUCUGCUCCAACGGUCCCAGGGGAAGAAGAGACACGAAUGUGGAUCCAGGAUGGUGCUCUCUGGAUCUUGCCAGCAUUGCAGGAGGACUCUGGCACCUACAUCUGCACUGUCGGAAAUGCUUCUUACUGUGAUGAAAUGUCCAUUGAGCUCAAGGUUUUUGAGAAGACAGAAGCUUCCCUGCCUUUCAUAUCAUACCCACAAAUUCUAACUUUGUCAACCUCUGGGUCCUUAGUUUGCCCUGAGCUGAGUGAAUUCACCCAUAACAAAAUGGACAUGAAGAUUCAUUGGUACAAGGAUUCUGUCCUCCUGGAUCAAGACAACGAGAAGUUUCUAAGUGUGAAGGGAACCUCUCGCUUACUCAUCUAUAAUGUGUCUUUGGAGGAUGCGGGCUAUUACAGCUGUGCCAUAACGUUUACCCACGAAGGCAUGCUGUACAACGUGACUAGGAAUAUUGAACUCCGUGUCAACAAAAAAGAAGAGGAGACAAUUCCUGUGAUUAUCUCUCCCCACCAGACCAUAUUAGCUUCACUGGGUUCAAGACUGAGAAUCCCGUGUAAGGUGUUUCUAGGAGCCGGGACACAGUCGACCACCAUGCUCUGGUGGAUGGCCAACAAUACCAGAAUAGAGAACGCCUACCAGGGAGGCCGUGUGGCUGAAGGGCAGCGCCAGGAGUACUCGGAGAACAAUGAGAACUACAUUGAAGUCCCCCUGAUUUUUGAUCCAGUCAUAAGAGAGGAUUUGAACACGGAUUUUAAAUGCCUUGUCCGCAACAGACUGAGUUUUCAGACACUGCGCACCACAGUCAAAGAAGCUACCACAUUCUCCUGGGGGACCGUGCUGGCCCCGCUCUCCCUGGUCUGCUUGGUUGUGGUGGGAAUAUGGAUGCACAGACGGUGUAAACACAGAACUGGAAAAGCAUAUGGUUUGACCACGUUAAAGACUGGCCAUUAAGAUUUUCAUCUCACCCAAGUAAAAUAAAGACAAUAAAACAA